AUGUCAUGUGUGUGCUGCCGGCGGAGUUGUCAAUGUUCCUUUCUGUCUUUCCUUUCACCGGGGGGAAAAAAAAUAAGAAGGAAGGGAAGCCGUCCACAGACGAAAAUAACGUCUCAUGCGAUGGAGCCGUGUGUCACGCCCCGCGUGAUUCUCACCCCCAUUCUACCCUCCUUGCUCGCCGACGCGACCUCCUCGGCAGGGAAGGACGGGGGCGAAGAAGUGGCGAAUGCAAACACCGCGAUGCCGCCGCUGCAUACGGCGCGGCAGCACGACGACAACAACAACAAAAGGAGCGUGAGCGCAAAGGCCCAACGGCGUCAGCCGUGCGUGGAUGUGGUGGAGUUGGAUGAGCCCUCCGUCUACUGUUCAUCGAUCGCCAUGGAUCCCGCGAGCCCGCUCACACCGCGGCCCCUCGCCGUACUGCGGCAGAGCCCAACACACGAGCCGCGGCGCAGGAAAAGUGGCGGGGAUCGCGAUCGGUUUCAGACGAGAAAAAUCACCAGUUGGAUGACAACCACCACAUCCACCACCGUUUCCCUGCCCUCCGCGACGGUGGCUAUUCGAACAGUCCCAAGCCUGCCGCUCGGAUUUUAA